GUAAAUUAUGAUCAAAUUAAAUUAUUGUUAUUCAUUAUCAUCCAUAACGUUUCAGAUGAGUCCAAAGAAAUGGUCCAAAAACACGUUUGGAUGGGCACGAGCCGAAGUGUUAGGAGCCCUUAUUAAUGCGGUUUUUCUUGUCGCAUUAUGCUUUAGUAUAACAAUAGAAGCCUUUAAAAGAUUCAUAGAAGAGGAAACUAUACAUGAACCGGAAUUGCUGGUGAUAGUCGGUUCGUUAGGUUUAGUUGUUAAUGUCAUAGGUUUAUGUUUGUUGUACGAACAUGGUGGUCAUCAUGGCCAUUCGCAUGGUGGCGGCUUAAGGCGCAACCACAGUCGUCUCACUGAAUUAGCAAAUGUCGAUGAUGGCGAAGUGGAAAAUACAGAUUUUAGCUAUGAAAAACAGAAAGAAAAACAAAUGAAGAAAUCCGGUCGAGGUCACAGUCAUGAUCCUGGUUCAAUGAAUAUGCGCGGAGCGUUCUUACAUGUUUUAAGUGACGCCUUAGGUAGCAUCAUCGUGGUUAUAAGCGCUUUGAUUGUAUGGAAAACAGAAUGGAAGUAUCGCUAUUAUAUGGAUCCAGCUUUGUCUAUUGUUUUGGUUUGCUUAAUUUUGCAUUCUGUCUGGCCGCUAUUACGUGAAUCUGCUUUAAUUUUAUUACAAACAGUGCCAACACACAUACAAGUCGACGCCAUACAAAAACGAUUACUGGAAAAAGUUGAUGGUGUUUUGGCAGUCCAUGAAUUUCACGUAUGGCAAUUAGCCGGAGAUCGCAUAAUUGCCUCUGCACAUAUUAGGUAA